AUGUCCUACAACGACGACCGACGUGAAUACGGUGGUGGAGGCCGCGAUGGUGACAACUACUAUGAUCAAAGCCAACGAUAUGACGAUGGCCCACAGCGUGGUGAAGGCUACGGCAGAGACUCUGGCCGCGACAGCUAUGGACAGCAACAAGGCGGUUACGGCGACAGUGAACCUCCUCGUCACCAUCGUCGCGAGAACGAAGGCGGAUAUGGCGGCGGUGGUGACCGCUACGACCAAGGAGGAUACGGCGGUGGCCGCUCAGACAACUACGGCAGUUCAGGUGGCGGUCGCGAUCGUUACGAUGAAGGAGGAUAUGGUGGUGGUGGUGGUGGUGGUGGUGGUGGUGGUGGUGGUGGUGGUGGUAAUUACGGCAAUUCCGGGAGCGGCGGCGGUGAUCGUUAUGAUGAAGGAAGACACGGCUCUGGCAAUUACGGUGGCUCGGGUGGUGGCUAUGGUGGUGGCGCCGGUGGAGGAAACGCAGACUUCGACGAGGAUGAGAUUGUGCGGCACAACCAACGACAUGGCAAUUCCGAGGAUGAAGGCCUCUUCUCUCAAGCCCUGGGGUUCCUCAACAAUCACAAACAGAGUGCUCAAUCAGAAGAUCUCGACGAAGGCAGAAUCCAACAAAGCCACCAGCAACUCUACCAGCAGGGCGGUGGUGGCCAGCAACAUGAUGCCUCUAGCCUCGGUGCCGGAGCUGCAAUGCAGGCAUUGAAGAUGUUCUCUGGUGGAGGAUCUGGCGGAGGGUCUGGGGGUUCACAAUCCCAGAUGAUUGCCAUGGCAAUGCAAGAAGCAUCGAAGUUGUUCGACCAACAGAGCAGCCAGGGAAAUGUUUCGGGCGGUACAGACAAACAGUCGGUUGUCAACUCAGCUGCCAAAUAUGCCCUACAGAUGUACAUGAAGAGCCAGGGCGGUGGGAGCGGUGGUGCCUCUGGGCUGAUGAGCCUGGCCAGCAAGUUCUUUUGA